CGCCGACACAGCCGCACUGUUGUUGCCGUCGUUCUUUUCACUUUCGUUGCGCUUCUCUUCGUUUUAUUUGGCAAUUUGUGUGUUUAAUUAACACCUGUGGUAUUGUGCCACCGCCUAGUGGCAGCAAGAUGAUGCAAAUCGGCGGAAAAACAAGAAGCAGAAGCAGCAGAUAAUAAUAGAAGCCCAGAAGAGGCCUCCUGUGUGUGUGAGUGUGCUUUUUGUCCGCCUGUGUUUGUGUGCGUUUUUGCAAAACAAAACCGGAAAAGCAAAAACACAGACACGAAUGCGGAUGCGGAUGUAGAGGCCACUGCGGAUAUUAUCCCCCAACACAAAAUGCAAAUCCUGCAAGUGUUUUUGGGCACGCUCCUGUGCGGCUUCGUCCUGGGCGCCAAUAUCCUGGCGGUUUUUCCCAGUGUCUGGAAGUCGCACUAUCUCUUCGGCCGGAGAUUGCUGCAGGAGCUGGUGGAAAGUCCGGGAAAUCACUCCGUGACUUUGAUCACUCCGCAUGCCGCCCAGGAAAAUGUGGAUCUGGAAAUCCCCAGGAUCAGGGAGCUGCGGAUCGAGGGCCUGCGGGAGAACUGGCUCGACAUGGGCAUGAGCUUCGAGGCCGAGGAAAUGCGGUCGCAGAGUGUGAUGGAGAGGUUCACCCGACUGAUCUACGCCGGCACCACCAAUGUGGACAUCCUGCUCUCAGAUCCCCAGGUCCGGAAGCUCCUAACAAGUGGGGAAAAGUUUGACCUACUCAUAGUGGAUUUGUUUCUGAGCGAUGCUCUACUAGGCUUGGCCUUCUACUAUGGCAUACCCACCGUUGCAAUCAGUCCCACCGGCGCCAAUUCCUGGCUGAAUAAUAUGUUUGGUAAUCCCCAAUCGUCGUCCUUGGAUCCCAGCAAUUUCCUGCCCUUCACUGAGAGGAUGAACAUAAAACAGAGGAUUCUGAACUCGCUGAUGAGCACCUUCGAGCGGUUGACCUACAACUUUUUCCAACUGAUCUCCCAGCAGUCGGUGUACACCAAUCACUUCGAGCUGCUCGUCAAGGAACUGCCGCUCUACAGAGAUCUCACAAAGAAUCUGAGCCUGGCCUUGAUCAACUCCCAUCCUGGUUUGCAUUAUCCACGUGCCUAUUUGCCCAAUAUGGUGGAGGUGGGCGGUCUGCACUUGAACCACUCAAAUGAACUCCAACUGCCAAAGCAUCUUCUGUCGUUUAUGGAAUCUGCGCCGAGUGGGGUUAUCUAUUUCAGUCUGGGAGCCGAUGUGCAAACUGCUCAGUUGCCUCAGGAAAAGUUAGCCGUCAUUCUCGAUGUCUUUGACCACCUCAAGGAGUUCCACUUCCUAUUGAAAUGGGAAAAGGAGGAGUUCGCAGUGGACCAAGCUCUGCCCGAAAACGUGAUGAUUGCUGAUUGGUGGCCACAGCAGGCGAUCCUGCACCAUCCGCAGGUGAAGAUGUUCGUUAGUAGCUGCGGACAGCUGAGCGUCUGGGAAUCGAUAAAUGGACAAAAGCCCAUUCUUGCCAUUCCUAUAUUGGCCGAACAGGAGGUGAUGGCCAAGCGCUUGCAGCAUCACGGAGUCUCCCUGACUGUUGGCUACGACUCCGUAGCAUAUGAUUCCCUGCUGCACGGGAUAAGACAACUCACGCUAAAUACCAGCUAUGUGGAGAAAUUGGCUCAACUCAAAGAGCGACUGAUUAGCAGGGAUUCCUCGCCAGCCAAAAAAGCAGUACGAAAGAUUCAGCUCAUAUUGGACUCUGGAGGAGCUGAUUUCCUAAAAUCCCACGCCCAUACUUUGAAUUUUUGGCGCGCAGAGGGUGUGGAUGUACUGCUCAUAAUAGCCGUUGGCUUUUGCGGAAUUUUAACCAUUCCCUUUUUGGCCAUUUGCAUUAUACUUAGGAAGUCCUACCACAGCCAAGCGGCGGAGGAUCAAACGCCCUACAGAACCAACCUGAAAGUGGUUGGAAGAGUUCACAGCUACGGUGAGCAGGGCAGUUGUAGAUCUGCCAAGGGAACGGAGUCUCUCAGGAGAACGCGAUCAGCCCAAUCUUUAUCGGCUCGUUCGAGCUCAUCGAGCAUGAGUUCCACCACGCCAACUAGUCCUUCGACAGCGUCUACGACGCCGCUGGACCUGACACCACCUCCAAUUCAACUACUCGGACAGGUACCGCCAUUGCAGCUGUACGUGACUCAGCAGCGCAUAUACUCAGGCGAUCGAAAUACAUCACAGGAGGGCAACACGGAACAGAGGUUCCCCUAACUAUAUAUCUCCCGACGAAACCUAUAACUAAAGAUUACGGUGGGGUGAAUGUAAAGGAUUUUAGUCCCGUUUUAAAGUUUCAUGUUAGGGCCAUUUUGUAAAAUGUAAGAUUACAGAAAAUGUAGAGCUUACAAUCUGGUACACGUUGAGAUAGUAAAACGGGGCUUAGGCUAGGAAAAUAGCCGUUGUACAAUCGAAAAUUCGGCAAUUGACAUCGAGUUGAUAAUGUUGCGUGCUCAAUUAUGGCCGAUUUCUAAAUGUUACCUUAAGCGUUUUACUGUCCAAGCUUUUGAUUGUCCAACGAUUACAUUCUGAAUACCUUAAUCCGUUUCAAAAAGUUAAUCCAACCGUAACUAACCCUACACAUAUAAAUAUCGUCUUAUGGUAAGUGUGAUUUUUUGUUAAUAAUUGUGGAUAUGUGAAAGUAUAUUCUGGUUUUAUAAUUGGAUAAGUUUUAAAUGUUAUAAAUUGUACAUAUUUUGAAUAAUUUUACUGUGUAGGAACGAAAGUUCCGAUUUUAAAUAGAGGAUAUUUAUACCAACAAAGUAUAACCAUAUAUUGGGUAUUUUAAAUUGAUUUUAUGUUUCUGAUAUUACUAUCAGAGCAUUUUGCCGCUAACCCUUUCAAUUAAUAUUUCUAUUCAAAGACUGACAACUAUUUUCGUAUACCCCGUAAAAGACAAAGUUAAGCCUAAAACAAUAAAUGCUUAAACUGCAAAGGUUCAGCUCAAAAAUGCAUAAAAUAUCCGAAUUGUUAGCUUCAAACUGAAAUGAACAGCUUAUGGUAAUUUAAUAAAUUUUGUACAAUGAAAAAACUUUUUGCAGUUUUCAAUUCGGUUUAGAUUGUUUGGAAUACUUUAGAUUAAGAAUAUUUUGUAAAGCCAUGUAUGAAUUGUUAAAUAAAAUACAUUAAAUAAUCCCCAGA